GCCUCUUGCUUUGCAUCAAAGAUUGAUUCUCUCUCUCUCACCGGCCAAGAACGUGAGAUUAACAAAGAGAUUCAAUCUUUCUCUUCUCCAUCAGAUUCAUCAGCUUAACCUCGGAGGAGUCUGCCCUGUUGAUGGCUACAAGAAUCGCCGCCUCUCCGAAGAAGACCCUCGUCGACCACAUCCGCGUUCUCGCCCGGCCCCUCAACUCCGUCCCCUCCUCCAUCACCGCUGCUGUCCCUGGCCAAUUCGCCGCCUUUGAGGAGAAGCACGAGCCCGCUCCCACCGGACCAUCUCCCCCGAUCGACCUCAGUGACCCAGGGAGGCUCUUCGCAUCGGUUCCCACCACGAGGCUCAUCCACUCGGUGGCCAACCUCCAUGCCGCGGCCGUGGAUCCCCUGGUGGAUCUUGGCAUCAAGGUGAUGACAUCGAGGCUGGUCACCGGAACGGGGCCGGCACGGGAUAUUGUGAUCGGGGCAGUGAAGAGGACGUUCUACAAGCACUUUUGCGGAGGGGAGGACACUGUCGAGGCGGCCGAGACCGUGAGGCAGCUGAAUGAGGCCGGGCUCAGGGGGAUGCUGGAUUAUGCGGUGGAGGACGCCGAGGACAAUCCGUCUUGUGAUCAGAACCUCGAGGCCUUCCUCCAGACGGUCGCAUCGACCAAAACGCUUCCUCAGGGCUGUGUGAGCUUUGUGAUAGUAAAGAUCACGGCGAUAUGCCCGAUCUCUCUGCUCCAGCGGGUCGCCGACCUGUUGCGGUGGCAGAAGAAGAACCCCGAGUUCCAUCUUCCAUGGAAGCACUACUCCUACCCCAUCCUCUCCGAUUCGACGCCUGUGUACCACACUCCCGCAGAACCCGAACCUUUGACACCGCAGGAGGAGGCCAAUCUCCUCCUUGCCCAGGAGAGGCUUCGUAGGAUUGGCAAGAAAUGCGAGGAGUAUAACAUUCCCCUCUGCAUCGAUGCCGAGUACACUGCAGUCCAGCCUGCAAUCGACUACUUCACGUACUCCUCGGCAAUGGAGCACAACAAGCACGAGCCGAUCAUCUAUGGGACGUUGCAGGCGUACCUCAAGGACGCCAAGGAGAGGUUGCUCUUGAAGAGCGAAGCUGCCCAGAAGAUGGGGAUCUUGAUGGGCGUCAAGUUGGUCCGCGGGGCCUACAUGACGACCGAGGCGAAGCUGGCACACUCCCUCGGCUACGAGUCCCCUAUCCACAACAGCCUCCAGGAAACCCAUGACUGCUUCAACAACUGCGCCUCCUUCAUGCUCGAGAAGAUUGCCGGUGGGUCGGGCGCAGUCGUCCUUGCCACCCACAAUGUCGAGUCAGGGCAACUGGCGGCAAUGAAGGCAAGGGAUAUGGGGAUGAGCAGCGGGAACCACCGGCUCGAAUUUGCACAGCUAUACGGAAUGGCGGAUUCGUUCUCAUUUGGGCUGAAGAAUGCCGGGUUCCGAGUAAGCAAGUACAUGCCUUUUGGGCCUGUAGACCAGGUCAUGCCCUAUCUAUUGCGGAGGGCCGAGGAGAACAGAGGCCUUUUAUCUGCAUCAACCCUCGAUAGGCAACUCAUGAGGAAGGAGCUUUGGAGGAGACUGAGGACAGCAAUUCUUUGAUCUGAAGAUGUCUGGUCCGAAGACGGCUUUAUGAAGGAUCGAAGAAUUCGUCCAAGGCCGGUGUUCAAAAAUAAAGGGGAAUAAUUGAAUUGGCUCGCUCCGUAUUGAUGAAGUGUUCAUAAGUACGUAAAUAACAUACCCAUUUAUGAAUCAAAUGGAAAGUUUGUAAAUUCUCUACCCGCAGAAAUCUAAUCAGUUCAAGAAAUGAAUUAUCA